CCUCCACAUUGUCCUUGGGAUGUCCCCAGUUGGGGAGACACUGAGAACACGCUGUCAAAAUUUCCCAGGUCUUGUCAACAACACUGGAAUCGAUUGGUUCUUGCCCUGGCCAGCUCAGGCUCUCUGCGCAGUUGUGAAAUUUUUUUAAUGGAUUAAUCCUUUGAUCCCACUAGAAAACAUGGAGGCAGUCGUUGAACACAGUGUCAUGGUCCAUGGUUCAGUAGGGCUCUACAACAAGAAAUUUCUUCAGAAACUUAGAAGGAGCAACUACGCCACCCCAAAGAAUUUCAUUGAUUUCAUUAACAUUAAACUGCUGCAGGAAAAAACCCAGUUCAUUUUGGCUCAGUGCAAACGUCUAGAGGGUGGUUUAGACAAGCUUAAAGAAGCAACAAUUCAGCUUGAUGAACUCAACCUGAGGCUUGCUGAGCAAAAGGUGGUGCUGGCAGAGAAAACAGUGGCGUGUGAAGCCUUGCUCCAAGAGAUUGCAACCAACACUGCAAUUGCUGAGGAAAAGAAAAAACUAGCAGUAGAAAAAGCGGCUGAAAUAGAAGAGCAGAACAAAGCCAUUCCAAUGGAGAAGAAGGAAGCUGAGACAGCCCUGGCAGAGGCCAUGCCAGUUUUGGAGGCAGCAAAACUGUAAUUGCAGAAGCUUGAUAAGUCCGAUGUGACUGAGAUCAGGUCUUUUGCUAAGCCCCCUAAGCAGGUGCAGACUGUCUGRGAGUGCAUURUCAUCAUGAGAGGCUACAAGGAGCUCKACUGGAAGAAUGCCAAAGGGAUGAUGUCAGAGGCCAACUUCUUGCGUUCSCUSAUGGAAAUUGAUUUUGAUAGUAUUACCCAGGCCCAAGUGAAAUCAYUCCGAGGGCUUCUCAAGAACUUAAACACAACCUUUGAAGAAAUGGAAGUUGUGAGCAGAGCUGGCUUGGGGAUGCUGAAAUUUGUUGAUGCUGUUAUGAGUUACUGUGAUGUAGCAAAGGAGGUCAAGCCAAGAAGAGAAAAGGUGGCCAGACUGGAGCAGAAUUUCUUCUUAAGCAAAUGUGACCUGGAGAAGAUCCAAGCUGAGCUGACGGCCAUCCAGAAUGAGCUGAAAGCUCUGGGAGAUAAAUAUGAAGUGGCGAUAAGAGGAAAGCAGCAGCUCCAGGAGGAAGCUGAGAUUAUGGAACGGUGGCUUAUUGCUGCUAACAAGCUCAUCUCAGGCUUGGGAUCUGAAAAUAUCAGAUGGCUGAAUGAUUUGGAGGAAUUAAAGAGACGUCAAGUGAAGCUGCUUGGGGACUGUCUCCUGUGUGCCGCCUUCACCUGGGAAUUUUGUGAUGAAAUUAUUAAGGACGUGUGGCAGACGGAUAUCCAGAUCCCAGAAAUUCCCCUCAGCCAGCCUUUCAAGUUGGAAAACCUGCUGAUGGAUGAUGUUGAGAUUAGCAGUGACCCUGAUUUCCUUAAACAACUUGAAAUGGCCAUAAAAUAUGGGAACCCCUUCUUAUUCCAUGAUGUGGAUGAAUACAUUGACACUGUGAUAGAUAAUGUCUUGGAAAAAAACAUCAAAACUGGCCAGGGCCGAACCUACAUCAUUCUUCGUGACAAGGAGGUUGACUAUGACAGCAAUUUCAAGCUUACUUGA